CUCAUCGCCAGGUCUCCCCGUCAAUUGCUUCAACACAUUUGAAGGCUCAGGUUUAGCAACGUGUCUAUUUGCCGACCGGGCAGCAACAGAACAGAUCACGCCGAUAUGGAUUCGUUCCAAAAUCAUGAUACUGAGCCUAAACUUCCUGGGCCAGUGAAACAUUAUCGUCGACCUCGACGGCGACCGGCGUAUUUAAGGACGAAGACCGGAUGCCUGACCUGUCGGUAACACAUUCCUCGCGCCUUUCGGAUAGGUCGAGAACUGAUAAAUCUAGGCCGAACGAGGAAAAAGAAAUGUGACGAAGCGAACCGUCCCUGCGGCAACUGCGCGCGAAUACAGUUAUCCUGCCACUGGCCAGGGGACAAACGUGCAGGCCAAGAUGAUGUCGAAUACUCCACUGCAGUCGCGGGCGCUCACACAAGGCGACCAAAGCUACAGCACAAUCCCGGUUUGGAAGUGAUUCAAUUCAAAGUGGCGGGCAUGGAUUGCUCUGGUACAUCGGAACCAUGUUUUAGUUGGUCUUCAAAGGUGGUGGCUACUUCGACACCGGAUCGCGCGAAUGCAAGGUUGGAGGACGCCCAGGCCUUCAUUCCAACUGUUGCACCUCCCGUAUCUUCGAUAUACUCUAAUGCUAUCACACCGGAUAGUAUCCCACUCUUCGAUUUCUUGCGAUCCGUGUUCCUGCCGCAGCUGAUUCGACCCACUGCCCAGAGAGCCUUUAUCGAUCUCUUUAGCAAUGAAUCCUUGACUAUGGCUUUGCGCGUUCCGUUCUUUAUGCAUGCCCUUCUCGCAUGCUGUGGCGCCGAGAUCCUGGUAGAGGGGCGUCACCUUCAAACCAGUUUCCAGCGACUGGCAGAACUGCAUUACGCGAAGGCUGUGGCUGGGCUUCGAGCUAGCCUGGACACCCAUUCGUUGGAGAAUGACGGCACGGUGGUCAUACGGACGGUAAUUAUGUUGUGCAUUUAUGAGAGAUCCAAACCAUAUCUCUCCCGCGGCGUGGAUGCACAUCUUCUAGGGAUGGCACAAUUGAUAAACGUCCGGUUUCAACAACCUAGCCAGUACAUGCCUCGAUCAGCUACGAAUAUGGCCAUUGACCGUGUGAUUCUCGAAGCGUUCAUCUUCCACACCUCGACCAGCAUUCCCUUCCAACAUCAGGCGGCCAGACCCGCGGACAUCGACUUUGCCUUUUCGCUAGCCGAGAAGAGGCUGGAAGACGAGUCUUGUACAACCAUUUUGGAUCACUCACACUCUCCUAUUCUCGGUGUGCCGCCCAGAUUAUUUGCAUGCAUUCGUGAGAUUGCGCUCAUCCAUCAAGGAUUACCACGCAACGUGGAUGUCUCGAGAUGUUAUGAACUGAUGGAAGCAGUGUCUGACUUGGAGGUAGAUAUGCUUGGAAGUCACCAGCUCGUGAUGGACGAUCUAUCACGGCGCGACCUAGUUUAUAAAGAUGCCUCCAUCGGUCCGAGACUGUACAUACUGGCUUGCAAGAUUCUCCUUGAUCGCAUUAUAUCAUUAGUAUUGGGGGAUUCUGCUGUCGCCGCACCGCAGCUUCUAGAUGAGGCAAUCGACCUGGUAAAUCAGUUACAACCAAUGACUGAUUAUUAUGCCGAGUAUUACGGCUGGCCCUUCCAGGUGCUUGGGGUCUGUACAUCUCUACCAGAACACCGAAACUGCCUUCUUUGGGCAGUGACUGCGUUUUGGAAAGCCACCAGAAAUGGAACAAUGGGGAGAUUGGUGAGGACGCUGGCUUGUUGGAGCGAUCCACUUGACCGACACUUUCCCCUCCAGCUCGAAGAUUCGGAAAGAAUGCCGAGACAUCAGACACUUUCGCACUAGACAAGCAUCUGACGUGUUAAUGCAAUGCUAUUUUUAUUCGUCUUGCCGAACACGAGCCCCCACCGUUCUGGAAUCCGUCGGGCGAG